AUGAAACACGGUGCAGCUGCGCAAGCGGCCGCGCUCGGGAGCGGUGCGGUAGAGACAGCGGUUGGAAUCGAGGUGGGACCAUGGCGAACAGCAGAGGUGUGUGGCGGAAAUGAGGCUCGGACGAAGACGAUAAUCCCGAAACGUUGGCCUCCAGUCUUGGCUCAAGCAGAUCAAUCAAUGAGCUUCACACAAGUCUCAAUGACAUAUCCGACCAUCUUCUCCACUAAGUCAUCCAGUGGGAUUACGCCUUGCCAUCUCGCAGAUUUGCCAGGAACUGCUGGGUUCAUAAUGCUUCGACAAGUGCUGAACAGCUCAGUGAAGCCGUUCGUUAUCAGUCGAAUUCUAAGCUCUGCAGCUCCAGCAGCAGUUAGCGUGGAUAAAGAGGCUCUGAUGAAAUUAAGGAAGCGAACUGGAUACAGCUACGUUAAUUGCCGUAAAGCUCUGGUUAAAUUUGGGCCUGAAAAUCUAGCAGAUGCAGAGAAAUGGUUGAAGGAGCAGGCUCGGACCGAAGGAUGGGCUAAAGCAGCUAAGCUCAGCAGUCGAACAACGAAUCAUGGUCUAGUUGCUGUCCAGUCCACGGAUUCGGUUGCUGUAAUUGUUGAAUUGAGUUGCGAGACAGAUUUCGUCUCACGAGGCGAUAAUUUCAAAAUGUUGCUCGAGAAGUUGGUAGCAUCGGUCAUGGACUACGCUCGAAAGAAUGCACCGAAAAGUUCGCCUGAGAAGAUUGUUUCAGUGAAUCUUGAUCUCAAUGCCUUGACUGAUACGAGUGGCAAACCUCUAAGUGAGAUCGUUGCAAUGACUGUUGGUAAACUGGGAGAAAACAUAACUGUUCGGAAAAUUAUGGCCUUGUAUGCCCCAAGUGGUUCAUCACUGCACUCUGCUGCCCAUCCACGAGACGGAUCUCCAUCUGUUAACAUGGGCAAAUUUGUCUCAGUGAUUGCACUCCGAAGAGCUGCCACUGAAGGGAUGUUUCCUACAGAAAAACUUGGCGCACAGAUUUGUCAGCAUGUGAUAGGAAUGAGGUCGGAGACACUAGGCGAGCCUUCGCAAACGGUAAAAGUGGAGAAACAGAAGGAGAUCACUGAAGAAACUAAAGACGAGCUGAAUGAUUUCGCAGAAGUGCAGACACCAAUAAUUGACGAGGAUGAAACGGCACUUUUGCGACAAGCAUUCAUGUUGAAUCCAUCUCAAACUGUCUACGAUUACGUCAGCGGACACCAGGCAGAGAUAGUCGAUUUUGUUCGUUGUGAGCUGGUGAGGAACGCCGAGUGCGGCACCUUAUUGAUCCUCGGCCGCCACACACAACGAAAGCUUCAUUUUGCUCACUGUUGUGGAGAGCCUAUCGAAUCGAUCGCGUUCCUCUGUAUAAAGCAAGAACCGUUAUUUCACACAAUAUCGUACUCGAACUACUACUACAUUGAUAUAAAAUCAAGACCAUCACCUUCUGGAUCAACUAAAUCUGCCGCCGUCAAACGAGAGAGCACGCAGUACGAGAAGAAACCGGUCCCCGUUAAGCCAAUGUCAACGAAGAGGAAGCGACAGAAAUUGAUUGAGAAGUUACGCUCGUUGAUUUACAGCAGAUUCGUGAAAUUCGCUUGA